UUAAGAGAGGCAAAUCUCAUCACCUUUUUCUAGCACCUUAACAGCAGUCUACUUUUGGGAAGGAUUUCUUAGCAAAAACGAGAAUCAGGUGAAGCCCACGGACGCAGUGAAUUAUUUGGUUCCAUUUUAAUGUGUGACUGUAUCAUGGUGACCAAGACGGGUACAGCAAAAGGAGCUGGACAAUGAAUUCAAGCAUGAAUUUGUGUUUUUAAAACUAUUUAUUCACCAUUUUCUAUAUUAAUGAAGUAAAUCAUUGUGAAAUUUUACAACAAAUGGGUUCUCAAAAUUGCAGUUUUUCAGCGAUCACAGACUAGCGUGGAAUGCCUCUCCUACGUGUCGCAAUGUUAGCGUUUCAGGCGGCGCCCUGGACUAACUGCAUGUUCCUCUCGUAGCACUGCAGGCUGCACAGAGGGACACCCGUUUUUGAGCAGCUAUAUUUCUUCAGGUUGAAGCAACCGCUCACCCCGCAGGUCACUGCGACCGCGGGCGGAGGCGGGGGUGGCGCUGCUUCAGGGGCGGGGACGCCCGCAGGGAAGGAAAUGGUCACGCCUCGGGCCGAGUCGCUGUAGCGCACGAUCGGACACUGGCUCUGCUUGGACUUCUUCUCUCGCAUGCUUUUGAUCUUGGCCUUGCUGGUCUUGGUGAGCCUCUCGAUGGUCUGGUUCUUGUUGUCCUCCGCCUUCUUGGCCGCCUGCAAGCGUCGCUUCCGAGCGCGCUCUUCCCGCUUCUGCAUCAUCUCGGCCGUCAUCUCCUUCUCCUUGUAGCCCAUGGGCAGUUCCAGGAGGGGUUGGAUCUGCUGCUUGUGGAGGAGGGCUUUCUAAAGAGCAGAGAAUUUCUAAGCAAAAACGCAGAUCCCAAGCGACUUACUCGAACUCACCUGUCGGGCGGUGAGCAGGGACUCAUCCACUUCUUUCUUGAGCUCGCCGUUGUCGUCCAGCUCGCCCUUCUCCAGAGCGUCCAGCCACCUCUCCUCCUCGUCCACGGGCACCCCCAACAUUGAAUCCAUGUCGGGGAGAGGAGAUGUGGCCAUGUUGCUGUCUUCAUCUGACAAACAAACAAACCAACCCUUGUUCAGUUGCAAUUCCGGUAAAGGUUACGCAGGCGUCCUCACCAAGCCAGGCCCGGUACUGCUCGAGAGGCACAGAAGGCUUGUCGUCUUCAUCGUCAUCAUCGUCGUCCUCCACGAUCAUCAGCGGUGAAGGAGGACAAGCCACUCCAGGGUGCACGGUGAAGGUGGGAACACUGGAGAGUGAUAGCAGUUGAGAGUGAUUUGCGAGUGAGUACCGAUUGUGGCUCGCUCCGACGCAUCACCUCUUUGUCCCCAGCGUCUGUCCUCCUAGCUUAAUCUUAAGUCGCAGCUGCGGAGGAGGACGGGGGGCCAUGACAGGCUCCGGGGCCUCGGAGAGGCCAUGGUGCUUCUUCUUAUGCCUCUUGUGCUUUUUAUGCUUGUGCUUGUGAACACCAUGCGGCCCCGCGCUGCCUUCACCUGCAGUUGAAAUUAGGAGUGGGAACCUCUCGGUACCUCACGAUACGAUACGAUUUGCGAUACAAAGCUCACGAUAACUGAUCUGACGAUACAACGAUUAUCAGUACAUUGGUCAUAUUCUACAAACAACUAAUUAACAGGAAACAAGCUUCUAGUGUGAAUUGGAAUUAGUUUAUCACUAGUAGACGUCCAAUCCAUUUGAACUGGGAGGGUGGCAGCGAAUCAUUCGCUGCCAUCCCUCCCAGUUCAAACAGAUUGAACGUCUAUGGCUGUCAGUGGCAGUCAAUGCCACGCAAUUAGGUAAAUUUUGAGCCAUUUAAGGUCUCACUGGAACAGCUCCAAUGCAGAUUCUUGACAAGGUGAUGAUGCUGGAACUUUUGUUUAGUGCCGUUCCAGUGAGAUCUACAAAGAUGAUUGCCUGAAGAAGACAUCAAAAUUCCCUCAGUCCUGGAUCAUAUGGCUGCAUGUCAGGAAAAGACACUGGGGAGAUGGCUGUGGUUAAAUCUUCAAUAAAUGCACAAGUUUAAAUUGAAAUUUUAGACAGCUUUCUUAUCCCUUCAAUUGAAAAUAUUUUUGUCAUUUUCCAAGAUGACAAUGCAUCAUGCCACAGAGCUAAAACUGUUAAAGCACUCCUUGGAGAAAGACUCAUCCAGUCAAUGUCAUGGCCUGCAAAUAGCCCAGAUCCCAACUCUAUUGAUCACGUGUGGUGGAAAUUGAAAAAAAUGAUCCACAGCAAGGCUCCAACCUGCAUGGAUGAUCUGGCAACUGCAAGUUUUGAUUAUUUCUUUGUUUGUUUCUCAUGAUUCCAUAUUUUUUUCCUCAGAAUGGAGUUUGUCCAUAAAUAUUUAACUGCACUAGCACUAUAAAAUCAACAUUCACUGACCACCACAAUGGUUUUUUUUUUCAUUUCUUUUAGUGUUUCUGAAUGCUAAAGAGUUGCACUUUUGAACUAAUUCAUUAUUUUUUCAAGCUUUUUAUCUGAGUUUGUUCUACAUGAUAAAAUGUCAGUGCUCGUCCAAGACUGGUGAUUGCAUACUUUUUGCUAGGGGUUGUAUAAUGGUGGAAGAUUUUGAUAGCAACUUGUUGGUUCCUUUUUAUUUUAUUUUUUUUUUUUUUUUAAACAUUGACACCUUUUUAAAACGAUAUCUCGAUUCUUGGCAGUAGCAUACUGAUAACCCUUUUGGGAUACAAAGUAUCACGAUAUAUCAGCAUUUCGAUAUUUUGUCACACCCCUAAUUGAAAAAAACGAUGUAUACAAAACAACCAUUUUUUCAUAACAGUUUGAAAUUAAGGCUCGAGAACAUUAUGAAAGCAAUCUGGAAUCUACCAUUUUGACACGCUCCACACUGCUUUGGCAAUUGGUGCAUUUAAAUUGUACACACAUACCUAAAUGGUGUCAUUCAAAAUACACAAUAUUUGCAUCAACGAUUUGAAUACUUACUAAGAAAUCUGUACUGGACCACGUCUUUCCUUUUCCCCAUUGAAAUUAGCACGAGCUUGCAGCUCUACAUGGCAGCAAACAGGCUAAAGUCAACUAAUUUAGGCUUUUCUUGGUAAUUGUUAUUUUAUCAACCACAAAACGAUGUGUUUUGCAGCAUCAAUAUCGGAACUUAUCGGCAAAAAAAACGAUAACUAGUUCGAGAACGAUAUCAGUUGGUCCAAGCUAAUGCUAACAACAUAAGAUAAGGAUUUACGGUUCUUUAUUAUUUUUCCUGGUCAUUUCCGUCACUCGUUUGACACUGACUGCCCUCUACUGGCAGCAGAGCGUAAAGCAACGCCCGAAUUUGGAUUACAUGAUAAGACGAUAGAGGAGCGUGUGUUGCUUUAAAAAUGUAUUGUUUUAACAUUGACUACAUCGUAAGUUUGGCAUAAUGACACCUAAAAUACUGAAAUUAAGGAAACGUAAGUAAUGUUGUAAAGGCUUUUAUUUUGUAAAAACUAAUUGGUAAUCAUUGCCCUCCCAGUAAAAAAUAACUUGGACGUCUGUCGCCGUCAAUGGCAGUGGAAGAUGAUAUUCAAUGCCAGCCAUUCGUCUCUUUUUUUUUUUAACAUGAUAAAGAGACAAAUGUGAACAAUUAUCAAUAUAAACCAAAAAUAAAACACACAAAUAUGUCAGAGGGUAGUGUGACAGGUUAGUGACGUCAUAAGCACGCGUCAAUGUUGACUUUCCCUUCACUGGGCGUGUGUCAUUAGGAUUCAAAUUGGCUUUUUAAGUUGUAAACUUGUGUUUAUAUAAAUAAAAUAAUUAGAACCACGUCACUGGACUGUCUAUGAGUGUUGUGAGGGGAAGUCUGCCCACAAGAAACAUGAAUUACGCUCGGUUCCUCACCGCUGUUAGUGCUGCAAGGAAACCUUCGCCAAUCAGAAUGCUAACUGAGCUGCAACAGCGCUCGCCCCCAUCGCUGAUUUCACUGGCAGGUGGGGCACCCAACCCCGACACCUUCCCCUUCGAGUCAGCUGUCAUCAAGGUCAAGAACGGUCCGGCGGUCACCUUCAGCCAAGCAACUAUGAAAAGGGCCCUCCAGUACUCCGCCUCCAACGGAAUCCCUGAGUUGCUGACAUGGAUGAAAAACCUGCAGAAGGACCUCCACAACCCACCGACAGCUGCAUACUCACCUGAGAAAGGACAGAUGGACAUGUGCGUGACCACCGGGAGCCAGGAGGGACUCUGCAAAGUUUUUGAGAUGCUGGUCAACCCUGGAGAUGACGUCCUCCUGGACUCUCCGACCUACCCCGGAACACUGGCGGCGCUCCAGCCGUUAGGUUGCAACAUUGUCAACGUCCCCAGCGAUCAGCACGGCAUGAUACCGGCGGCCCUCAAGGAGGUCUUGUCCCGUUGGGACCCGUCAGACAGCCGGCGGCCCAAAGUCCUCUACACGAUUCCCAACGGGGGGAACCCUACAGGAGCUUCCAUGACUGCGCAGAGGAAGAAGGAAGUCUAUGAGCUCGCGAGAAUUUACGACAUGCUCAUCAUCGAGGACGACCCCUACUACUUCCUGCAGUUUGACAAACCUUGGGCACCCACCUUUCUCUCCAUGGAUGUAGACGGACGCAUCAUCAGAACAGACUCCUUCUCCAAGAUCCUGUCCUCGGGCUUAAGGAUCGGAUUUGUGACGGGACCCAAACCGCUGGUGGAGAGGGUGGUGCUGCACAUUCAAGCGUCCACCAUGCACACCAGCACCUUCACACAGCUUAUGGUGUCACAAGUGUUGCACAGCUGGGGCCAGGAGGGCUUUCUUCAACAAAUAGACAGAGUGAUAGAGUUCUACAGAAAACAGCGGGAUGCCAUGGUUAGUUCUGCUCACAAGUGGCUCACAGGUUUGGCUAAGUGGCACGCCCCUUCGGCGGGGAUGUUCCUGUGGCUGGAGCUCACGGGCAUCCGUGACACCCGGCAGCUCAUUGUGGAGAAGGCCUUGGAGAAAGAGGUGCUGCUGGUUCCAGGAGAUGUUUUCUUGAUCAACAGCGACGAGCCGUGUCCUUAUGUCAGGGCGGCGUUUUCGUUGGCCACCCCCGAACAGAUUGAUGAAGCUUUCCGACGCCUUGCCAAUCUCAUCAGAGAAGCUGCGUGACUUGGACUGAACAGUUUUGGGAAAAUAAUCAGGAUUUCGUCAAUAUUUUUAAAUUGAUACCUAAAAUGACUUUAUUUUUUGACAAACACAAGCAAUAAAUUAAUCAGAAAUACAUGCAUUGGUUUCUUUUUUCAUAGGAUAGGCUACUGCUGAGAUAAAAGCUGAUGAAAAAUGAAUGUUUGCUUUGUGACCUUUAUGGAGAACCUUAGCGACCACACUGUAGCAAGGUACGUAUUCCCUCCGAAAAACUGUGAAUGGCUGCAUUUUGUUAGCAGGAGCCCUUUUUCCGUCACUUCGGCGCACUGC